CGGGGGACACUGAUUGAGAGCGCACUCGGAGACUUCUCGUUCGCUACGUCCUGGACAGACUCUUCUGUCUGUUUCGAUAUUAAUAUGUCGAUAUUUACGCCAACAAACCAGAUCAGGCUGACGAAUGUGGCGGUGGUGCGGAUGAAAAAGGGAGGGAAGCGGUUUGAGAUCGCCUGCUACAAGAAUAAAGUGGUGAACUGGAGAGCAGGAGCAGAGAAGGACCUGGACGAGGUUUUGCAGACACACUCUGUUUUCGUCAAUGUGUCCAAGGGUCAGGUGGCAAAGAAGGAUGAUUUGACCAAAGCGUUUGAGACAGACGAUCUGACUGAAAUCUGUAAACAGAUCCUGACCAAAGGAGAACUCCAGGUGUCAGACAAGGAGAGGCACUCUCAGCUGGAGACGAUGUUCAGGGACAUUGCGACCAUCGUGGCGGAGAAGUGUGUCAACCCUGAGACCAAGAGGCCCUACACAGUCAAUCUGAUCGAGCGGGCGAUGAAGGACAUCCACUACUCUGUCAAGGCCAACAAAAGCACUAAGCAGCAGGCUCUGGAAGUGAUCCGGCAGCUGAAGGAGACCAUGGAGAUCCAGAGAGCCCACAUGAGGCUGCGGUUGGUGCUGCCAGCCAAAGAGGCCAAGAGGCUGAAAGAGAAGCUGAAACCGCUCCUGCAGGUCGUGGAGAGUGAAGACUUUGAUGAGGAGCUGGAAAUGGUGUGUUUGGUGGAUCCUGGCUGCUACAGGGAGAUCGAUGAGCUGAUCCGCUGUGAGACUAAAGGCCGAGGCUCUCUGGAGGUUCUCAGUCUGAAGGAUGUGGAGGAGGGAGAUGAGAAAUUUUAGUCACCCAACCAGUUGGGACUCUGCACCUUAUCUAGAUAUAUGCUUCACUGUGGCACACCAACUGCAAACUCAUGUAACUGAUAGAAGAUAAUAUAUUAAUGAUCACAUUCAUACUGACUUCAGCCAUUUGUAUUUCCAAACUUCUCUAUGUGAUCUAGGUGAUCAUGUAUUUGACUAAUAAUGCUUAGUUUAAUUUGCAUCCUCUGAGGAAUUUGUUUUGAAAAUACAUUUGAACCUUUAUACCUUAACUCACAGGUCACUAAAUGAAUAUGAUUUAUCUCAAUGCAGAUCUGUAUUGAUUCAUUUAUUCAGUUUUAUAUAAUUCUAGUACAUCUGGACAAAGUCUUUUCUGCCUCUCCUUAUACUUUUUCGUGCCAUGUAGUCAUGCUCAAUAUCCCAAUUUUAUGGAAUGAUUUCUUUAACCCAAUAAUUAUAUUUUGUCAUAAUAAGUUUGCUCUGUUACAAAUAAAUAUUUAACGGAAA